AUGGGCCACCUCCGCCCCCCGCCCGUAACCGACACGCUCAUCACGUUUCCCGCACCUCACAUCCUUCUAGUUACGCUCAACCGCCCCAAGAAGCACAACUCCAUCACCCAUGGCAUGAACUGGGAGUUCGACGCACUCUGGCAGUGGUUCGACGAGCAGCCUUCCUUACGUGUCGCCGUCAUCACGGGAUCCGGGCAGAAGGCCUUUUGCGCCGGCUCGGACUUGAUUGAGAUCGAGGAGGCGCAGAAGGCGAAACUGCUCGGUGGCGAUGGGCCCGAGCUGGCAAAGCACGCGCAUCCGCCGUCGGGUUUUGGUGGCUUCAGUCGGAGGAGGGGCAAGAAGCCCGUGCUGGCUGCCGUCAAUGGCCUGGCGUUGGGAGGCGGCUUUGAGAUUGUGCUGAAUUGUGAUAUCACAGUCGCCAGUCCCAAGGCGUCGUUCGGCCUGCCGGAGAUCCUCGUCGGCGUCUACGCCUAUGGCGGCGGUCUGCCCCGGCUGGUGCAAACCGUGGGCCUACAGGCCGCGAGCGAGAUUGCGCUAACAGGGCGUCGGGUCAGUGCAAAGGAGGCCUUGGACCUGCGUUUGAUUGGCAAGAUCGCCAUGUCGCCGGAGACCGUGCUAGAGGAGACGCUUGAGCUGGCCAAGAAGCUGGCGGCGAACUCGCCGGACGGCAUCAUCGUCACGAGGGCCGCACUGAGGGAAGCGUGGGAGACGGCGAGCGUGGAGCGGGCGUUCCAGAUCACGCAUGACCAGAUGUAUGAUAAGUUGAUGAAGAGUGAGAACUCCAAGGAAGGUUUGGCGGCUUUCAGGGAGAAGCGGAGCGCGAAGUGGACGGAUUCAAAGUUGUGA